AUGUGUAAAUAUAAAUGUUUAAUAAUCCUAAUAUUAAUCAGAUUUAUUCAGUGUUCAGAUAAAUAUCCAUAUCGAGCUGGUUCAAAAGGUCGAGGUGGAGAUAAAAAUAAUCCUAACGACCAAGAAAACAACCUUGAUUUAAUAGAGAAGGAAUUAGAAAAUAUUCUUACUGAUGAUGAAGAUGAAAAUAACACAAUAGUAAGAGGUAUAAAAAAAAUACUCAUAGAUGAUUCUCAAUCAUCACCACAUGAUAAACAGGAACCUUAUUUCAUUGACGAUAACACAGACGAAGAUAUAGAAUACACAUAUAGUACUGAACAACAAAAUAUAACAAGCGGUAUCACAGAACCUAUUUCAUCUUAUCAAAAUUGGUCUUCACUACCUUGUUUUCUUCCAGGCAGAACAGACCCUCCUUUACCUAUACCUGUUAGCCAAUUUGUUAUACAACAAAAUCACGAUACUUAUAAAUACCCUAUUCAAACACAUUAUAAUCCGAGCAUAUUUUCUAUAACAGAAAAACACUUGACUAAGCCAGAACAAAGAUUAGAAGUUAAUCAUCUUGAAAAACAUAGAUUUGUGUUAAGAACACCAAAUGCUACUGAAUUACCAAGUACUCAUCAUCCAUAUGGAUUCAUACCAAAUAGUCAACUUAUAAAUACUGGACCAGGAUUAUUACCAAUACCUACAUUUGGAUUAUUAUCUCUACAACCUGGUUUAUUGAGUAAUCCUCCAAAGAAAAUAAAAAAACCAAAGUAUCGACCUACUAAACAAACUAAACCAUCGGGAUUAAAUCUAACUGUUGAAAUACAAAUUAACGUAACCAAACCUACAAAACAACCUCAACAUAGUACUCAACAGCAUACUCAACUAGCUACUGAACCAUCUGGAUUAGAACCAGAAACUAUUCCAGUAGAGGUUGGAUCAGAUGAAGAUGAAGAUGAAGAACCUCCAGAACCUCCAAAGGGACCUACUGGACCUGGAGAUGGAGAUCAGCCUGAAGAAGGAGAAGAAUCAGGAGAUGGAGAGGAUGGUGAAGAAAAAGAUGAUGAUCAAACCCAAAAGAUUCCAUCAAUAGAUGCAAUAGUUUUUUACAAGAAAGAUAUUAAAGGAAAUUUAGUUUUGAUGGGUAAAGAAGAUUACAGUGUUUCAUUGUCUACUAGGAAUAUAUUAAGGUAUGAAUUUUUUGAGAAACUUAGAAAGAUAAUGUAUCUAGACGAAGUUGUUUAUGAAGAUGUUGGGAAAAAACGUUAUAUAAAAGUAUUAACUUAUAAUAAAUAUUUUAAAACUUUUACUGGUAUACGUAAAGAUGGAUAUUUUAUAAUGAAGAAAAUUAAGAAAAGAUGGAUAUUUUAUACUCGAAAAAUUCCUAAUUUUGUACAUUUUUAUACAAAAGAUCAUCAAGGAAAUGAUUUAGAACUAACCAAAGAAAGUUAUAAAAUUGAACUUAGCGCUAUGGGAUCAGUAAAAUUUAUUUUUCACCCUAAUGUAAAGUGUUUCAAAGUUUUAACUAAAACCCAAAUAAUUUGGCAAAAAGAAGGUGAUGAUGAUGGUGAUUAUCCGACAACUAUUUGUGUUACAGAUCGACAUAAUAUUUUACUUUAUUUCAAUCAUAGCUCUAUAGUAUUUGGAAAAACCCGUGGUAAAUAUAAAAAAAUGCAUCAUAAGAAUGAAAAAGGUUAUUAA